AUGGCAUCGACAAUGAGUCUGGUUGGAAUUGAGAGCGCAGUGAGCUGUGCAAGCGUAGACUGGGAGGCCUUCUUGCAACCCCUGCAAGCGCGCCAAUACUUUUCUGCGGUCCCCCGCCGUGGCACCCGCGGCAUCCUGCAGAAUACGGAUAUGAACAGUGACGACAGAGGCAAGCAGACGGCCGGCACUAUUCCAUCACCUCACAACAGCGCGCUGGACUGGAUUCUCGCUGUACUGUCUGAUUUGAUCGGUGAGGUUGAUCCUGAGGAUCCAUUAGCAGCAGCUGGCCUGGAUUCCCUUUCAGCGGUGGAGUUCCGACGAAAGCUCUCGAGCGACAGCGGCAUACCAUUGCCGCAGACUCUUGCCUUUGAUUAUCCGACCGCCCGCGAAGUGGCGGCUUAUGUCGGAACUUGCCAGGGGCAAGCGCGAGAAGCAAUGGCAGCGCAGUAUGUGGAGCUCAGCAAGCCUAGAGAUAUCUCCGUGCAAGGCAAAGCAUGCCGCUUCCCUGGAAAUGAGCCAAAAAGCUUAGCAGGAGAUGAUGCUUGGCACAUCUUCCUUGGACAAGUAGAUGCCAUUACAGAGGUCCCACUUCAGCGGUUUGACAUCAAUGAGUGCUUUGAUGCAGACAUGGCAGGGGCAGGUUUCAUCACAUACGCUAGGCAUGCUAGCAUCUUGGAAGGGACGCAUCUAUUCGACCAUCGGCUAUUUGGAAUUUCAAGCAACGAGGCUUCUGCAAUUGAUCCGCAACAGCGCAAGAAUCUUGAGGUGGCAUAUGCCGCUUGCCACCAUGCUGGGCGGUCGCGUAAGUCACUUUCCAAAGCUUCAAUUGGUGUCUUUGUUGGACAGUGUGCAAAUGACUGGGCCAAGACUUCCCGAGAUCGAAAAGCAAGUACGUUCAUGGGUCCUGGGACCCACGCAAGCAUCUCAGCAAAUCGGCUUUCUUUUUGCCUUGGACUGGAGGGAGCCAGCGUUGCUGUGGACACAGCUUGCUCGUCUACGCUGGUGGCAUUGGACAUUGCAAUAUUGCGUCUCUGUAAGGGGCUUGAAGCAGUUAUUUGCAGCGGCGGGCAGUUGAAUCUGAUCAUAGAACCAUUCGUGGCAUUCAGCAAUGGCAGACUGCUUUCAGCAAGCGGGCGAUGCAGGACGUUUGAUGCAUCUGCAGAUGGCUUUGCAAGAGGAGAAGGCUUUGGCUCUCUGUUCAUUGAGGAGGACAUCGAGGUUGGCAAACCUGAGCUUCCGGCAAAGAGUCCGAAUUGGAGGACGGCCGCAGCUCAUCUCUAA